UUAAAUAUUUCAUUUUUUAUAGCAAAAGAGCUGGACGAGUGGUUUGGUUUGCGUACACCUAUGUUCAUAUUUGCGGUUUUGAUGACAUACCUGCUGUUAAUUUAUAAAAUAUUGCCAUAUUAUAUGAAGGAUCGUGAGCCCUAUCAGCUAAAAACCUAUAUUAUUGUCUACAAUACAAUGCAAAUGCUCUCCUGUAUCUAUAUAAUCAAUGGGAUUUUCCGCAUAACCUCAACGAGCGUUUUUCAUUUCUGGGAUUGUCUUACGUUAGAUCCGAACACAUAUUCAGAAUAUCUGUUUAAUCGCGUCACUUACUUCACAUUCUGGCUAAAGAUUAGUGAGCUGUCGGAAACUAUCGUAUUCGUGCUACGUAAAAAACAGAAUCAGGUGUCGUAUCUGCAUGUAUUCCAUCACUGCUCAACUGUUACAUUGAUAUAUCUGCUGCUCACGGAUUAUAGAGGUACCUCAGCUUUGUAUCCGAUUUUACUCAAUUCCACUGUGCAUGUGAUUAUGUAUGCCUACUACUUAGCCGCAGCUGUGUGCGAUGCGGAAACUAUAAAGCGUUUAACACCAAUCAAGAAAUCGAUUACCACUAUUCAAAUGAUACAAUUCGUACUGAUUCUUACCCAAGCGGGAUUCUUGAUGUGUCGCUGCGAAAUAUCCAAGUUGGUUGCAACUUACUAUUCUGUCGUUGUCGUUGUUAUAUUUUAUGGAUUUUAUGACUUCUACAAUAAGGCUUACAAAGCUAGUAAUAGUAGAAUUAGUGAUAAGAGCAGUUAGCACUUCUUUGUUUUUAUUGUUGUUAAAAAUUUAAUUUUUAUAGUUUUGUGUAAGCUGCUAACACAUCAUAACUAAAUGGUCUUCAAAAAUUGUUUAAUAAAAAUAUAUACAUACAUAUGUAUGUAUGUAUACUAUAUGUACUUAUAUAAGAAACUUUUUUUAUUAAGUUUUGGUAAUAAUUAAUAAAUUAAAUGAGAAAAUUA